AACUCACGUGAUAACAUCAAAUAUCACGUGCUUUUGGUAUUAUGAUGGAUGUGGUAUCAAGUUUUCUAAUUGUAUAUUUGUCUGUCAUUGUUUCUUUAACAAAUGGCAUUCCAACAGAAUAUAAUGUUGGGAUAGGUAUUGCCGAUAUAACUGGCCCGGCUGCCGAGGUCAACAUGAUGGGAUAUGCAAAUCCUGCACAGACUUCACGUGGGUUACAUCUCCGUCAGUUCAGUAGAACAUUCAUCUUUGAAGAUCAAAUGAAGAACAAAGUUGUUUACAUUAAUCUAGACGCUUGCAUGUUUUCUCAGGGCCUCAAACUAGAGAUUGUUCGACAACUGAAGAAUAAAUAUGGAGAUGCUUACACUGAACGUAAUGUGUUAAUAACCGGUACCCACACACACUCCACACCAGGGGGGUUUCAUCAGUACCUUUUAUAUGACAUCACGUCACUUGGAUUUGUGAGGGAAACGUUCGAUUCCUUGGUGGAAGGCAUAUUACGGAGUGUAGACAGAGCACAUGAUAACAUGAAACCAGCCAAUAUUUAUGUCAACACCGGUGAACUAUUAGAGAGUAACAUCAACAGAAGUCCGUCUGCCUACCUUAAAAAUCCACCAGAGGAACGCGCCAAAUACAAAUAUAACGUUGACAAGAACAUGACUGUCAUCAAGAUUGUAGAUGCUGAUAAUUUUCCUAUAGGUAUGAUAAGUUGGUUUGCCGUGCACUGUACAAGUAUGAACAAUACAAACAGACUUAUCAGUAGUGACAAUAAAGGACUGGCCGCCCUCAUGUUAGAGGCUGACAGAAACGGACAAACUGUUCUACCUGGGAAAGGAGCUUUUGUUGCUGCCUUUGCCCAGAGUAACGAGGGUGAUGUAUCUCCGAAUACAAAAGGUCCCCAUUGUCUCGACACAGGACUACCAUGUGACUUUAACCAUAGCACGUGCAAUGGCAAGAACGAAUUAUGUGUGGCAUUUGGACCUGGUAAUGAUAUGUUUGAGAGCACAGAGAUUAUAGCCAGGAGACAGUAUAUACAAGCAAAGAAAUUGUUUGAUACAGCAUCCACACUUGUACAAGGCCCUGUUGACUUCAGACAUACAUAUACUGACAUGUCAAAACAAACUGUGGGAGAGGGUAAGAAGACAUGUAAGCCAGCUAUGGGGUAUAGUUUCGCCGCCGGAACCACCGAUGGCCCUGGUGCAUUCGAUUUUACACAAGGAAGUAAUUCCUCGUCACCAUUUUGGAACGCUGUCAGUGGCUUCAUCAAGAAACCGUCAGAGGAACAAAACAAAUGUCAUGCACCUAAACCUAUUCUGCUCGAUACAGGGGAGAUUGAGUUUCCCUAUGCGUGGGAGCCAUCUAUCGUAGAUACACAGAUAUUCCGAGUUGGUCAACUCUUCCUUAUAGCUGUCCCUGCAGAAUUCACGACAAUGUCUGGAAGGAGAACCAGGGAUGCUGUUGCCAAGACUUUAAAAGAUAACGGGUUUAAAGGUGAACCUGUACCAAUCGUUGCCGGAUUAUCAAAUGAUUAUGCUGACUACGUUACAACAUUUGAGGAAUAUCAGGAACAACGUUACGAAGGCGGUUCAACAAUUUAUGGUCCUCAUACACUGGAGGCUUACAUUAACGUAUACAUGAAUUUGUCCAAGGCGAUGACCACGGGUAGUCCUGUGACGCCAGGCCCCAACCCACCUGAUCUAAUGUCUGAACAACUGUCCUUCCUACCUCCAGUCGUGUUUGAUGCAGCUGGGUUUGGAAACAACUUUGCUGACGUCAAACAGCAACCAAACAAACAAUAUAAAGUUGGAGAACGUGUUACUGUCAAGUUUGUUGGUGCAAAUCCAAGAAAUAACAGAAGAUUGGAAUCUACAUUUCUAACAGUAGAAUUUCAAGAGCAAAGCGGUGCUAACACUGUAGUCUACACGGACGCCAACUGGGAAACUCAAUUUCACUGGGAGAGCCAUGGAAUAGGUGAAAGUACAAUUACAAUAUUGUGGGAUAUACCAGUAGGUCAAAAGCCGGGAAUGUAUAAAAUCACAUACAACUGUGACCACAAGAGUAUCUUCAGCGGUGUGUCUUCUGUAACCGGAAGUACUGAAUGGUUCCAAGUCGUCGCAUCUAGAGCUAAACUAGACAAAUUUCAACAGAAAAACAAAUUGCUUAACAAAAAGAAAGAGAAUGAAAUAAAGAAGGGCUUUAAGAAAACACUCUCAAAAUUGAAGUCAGAAAAUGUCAAGGGAAUGAACAAUUUAGCUUAAAUCAUAGAACCAUCCUGGAAUGAUAUGAAUAGCAAUAAAUGUUUUAAAAUAAA